AGCACCUGACUCGGACUUCUUGGGAACAACAAAGUGAUUUAAGGCCUGAGGGGGAUGAGCAAUUCGCUAGAUCAAAAAGUCCCGUUAAGACAGGAAGCCUGCUGGUUCCUGAUGCCUGGUCUAGUCUGCAGAGGCAGGACUGCCCGGUAGAGUUCGCUUCUGCCGUGCCGUUUACAAGCAGCUGCCGCCGGGGGUUCCUCUCACCAAGCUCCUUCCUUCUCUUCACGGAUGGAUCCCAAGGGGCUUCUCUCCUUGAACGUCCUGCUGUUUCUCUCCCUGGCUUGUGACCGGAGCUGUGGAACAGGUUGCCCAACCAUCUUCGGGCAGUUGGGAAGCAGUGUGCUGCUGCCCCUGAUAUCUGAAGGGAUAAGUAAGAGUAUGAACAAGAGCAUCCACAUGUUCAUCACAUGGGCAAAAUCACCGGGAAACAGGUCCAGUAAGAAAAUCGUGUCUCUUGAUCUGCCAGAAGAAGGCUCUUCACGCUACCUGGAAGAUGGCUAUAAGUUUUACCAGGAAAACUUGAACCUGGAGAUCCUGGAAAGCAAAAAGGAGCAUGAGGGCUGGUACACUAUGACCCUGGAGAAAACAGAUUCAGUCCAGCACUUUUGCCUGCAGCUGAAGCUCUAUGAGCAGGUCUCCACCCCAGAAAUUAAAGUGCUGAACUGGACCCUGGAGAAUGGGAACUGCAGCUUGAUGCUGGCCUGCACGGCGGAGAAGGGGGACCACGUGGUUUACGGCUGGAGCACGGAGGCAGGCCCCCACCUGUUGAGUGCAGCAAAUGGCUCUCACCCUCUGUACCUCACCCUCGGCCCCCAGCACGCUGACGAUAACUACACCUGCACCGCGAGCAACCCCAUCAGCAACCGUUCCCAGACCUUCACCCCGUGGUCCAGCUGCAGCUCCUAUUCCUAUUCAGUUCCAGGACAAUGGGGACUGUAUGCUGGGCUGGCUUUAGGGGGCGUCAUUGGUGUCAUCCUGAUUCUCCAAGUGGCAAUACUUCUAUUCAGAAGAAAAGGUAAGACAGACCAUUACGAGCCAACAGUGGAAGAAAAAAGCCUUACUAUCUAUGCCCAAGUCCAGAAAUCAGGUUCUGUUCAGAAGAAACCUGAUCCCCUGCCCGCUCAGGACCCCUGCACCACCAUUUAUGUGGCUGCCACGGAGCCCGUCCCAGAGCCUGUGCAGGAGCCGAGCUCCAUCACCGUCUACGCCAGUGUGACACUUCCAGAGAGCUGA